AUGCCUGGCUCUGUCCACUCCCAAGAUGCCCAAGACCAGUCCAUGAUGGACGUCGAGCAGCCACAAGAUGAGUUGAUGCUGGAUGAGCGCCGCAUCCUGGUGCUGCCCGGUUCCUCAGAGACUGCCGCAUCAUUCCAGUUUGAAGGAGAAGGCCACACCAUGGGUAAUGCGCUGCGAUUUGCCAUCAUGAAGAACCCCGCCGUGGAUUUCUGCGGUUACACUAUUCCUCACCCCUCCGACGCGAAGAUGCACCUCCGUAUUCAGACUAGUGACUCAACUACUGCCCUUGAGGCUCUUGAGAAGGGUUUCAAUGACCUGAUGGACCUGUGCGAUGUUGUUACCGAGAAAUUCACUGUUGCUCGUGACCAGUUCAACGAGGAGAACAGCAACAAGAUGCAGUCUUGA